UUCAGAAAUGUCUGAUCAGGUAGUUCCAAAAAAAGCCCACCCAUUGAACCCCGAAACCCUAGUGUUGGUUUGGUGGCCGUAGCAGCUUCUUCUACAAAACCCUACCAAAACCCUCCAUCGCCACUCACUCUGCGAACACACCAUGCUCGAAAUCGCUUGAUAGCACCCCAAACUCGACCACACUUGUCGCUGUAAGAGAGACCGAAAAUGCCUCUUGGAGAAAGGCAGAGUGACAAGAGCGAGUCUCGCUACUGCGGUGUAGAGACACAGUUCAACGAUGACAUGCCACGUGUCCUCGAUUUCAACCUCUAUUCCGGAGCCUUCGAUUUCGUUGUUGCUCCUCUGAUGGAUCCUUCUUAUCGGCCAAGUUUAGUGCAAAAGGAUGGUUUGGGGUCUGGUGUUCUGCCAUUUGCUGGGUCAGACUUGGUCUUGAGUCCAUCCCAAUGGAGUAGUCAUGUAGUGGGAAAAAUUAGCUCAUGGAUUGAUUUGGAUUCGGAAGAUGAAACCCUAAGGAUAGAUUCUGAGACCACACUUAAACAAGAAAUAGCUUGGGCUUCUCAUCUCUCUUUACAGGCCUGCCUGCUUCCUGCCCCCAAGGGAACUUCCUGUGCUAAUUAUGCUAGAUGUGUGAAUCAGAUCUUACAAGGCUCAAGUAAUAUGCAGUUAUGGCUUAGGAUUCCAUUGGUGAAGGCUGAUGAUGAAUCUAUGGAUGCAAAAUCUGUUGGUUUGGUUGAUUCAUGGGAAACUUGGAAUUCAUUUCGUCUGCUGUGUGAGCAUCAUAGUCAACUGUCAGUUGCACUUGAUAUUCUGAGUACUCUUCCUUCUGCAAAUUCACUAGGACGUUGGUUUGGGGAGUCUGUUAGAGCAGCUAUAUUGAAUACUGACUGCUUUCUAACUAAUUCUCAUGGCUGUCCAUGCCUCUCUAAGCGCCACCAGAGGCUAAUUACCGGGUUUUUUAACCAUUCUAUUCAGAUCAUUAUAUCUGGAAAUUCAGUUCAUCCUAAAACAAGUGUGGAUGAAAAAACAGUUCAUGAUAAUUCGGUUACAGAUUCACAAAGACACCCCUUGCGACCUUAUUUAGACUAUGUUGGAUAUCUAUACCAAAAAAUGGAUCCUCUUCCUGAGCAAGAACGUUUUGAGCUUGGUUACAGGGAUUUUUUACAGUCACCCUUGCAACCUUUAAUGGAUAACCUAGAGGCUCAGACGUACGAGACUUUUGAGAGAGAUGCAGUGAAAUACAUUCAGUACCAAAGAGCAGUUAGUAAAGCAUUAUUGGACAGGGUUCCUGAUGAAGAGGCAUCUGAUAAAACCAUUGUAUUGAUGGUUGUUGGGGCAGGUCGUGGUCCUCUUGUACGGGCAUCGUUACAGGCUGCUGAAGAAACUGGGCGGAAACUCAAAGUUUAUGCCGUUGAAAAGAAUCCAAAUGCAGUUGUUACCCUACAUGCAUUACUCAAAUUAGAAGGAUGGGAGGAUACUGUCACUGUAGUCUCAAGUGACAUGCGAUGUUGGAAUGCCCCUGAAAAAGCUGACAUAUUGGUUAGUGAAUUGUUAGGUUCCUUUGGCGACAAUGAACUGUCUCCUGAGUGCCUUGAUGGAGCCCAGAGGUUUCUAAAGCAAGAUGGAAUUUCGAUACCAUCUUCGUACACCAGUUUCCUCCAACCAGUGACAGCUUCAAAGUUAUAUAAUGAUGUUAAGGCGCAUAAAGACCUUGUACAUUUUGAAACUGCAUAUGUUGUAAAAAUACACAAUGUUGCCAGACUUGCACCAACUCAACCUGUUUUUACAUUUACUCAUCCAAAGUGCUCUGAUAAACAAACCAAUCACCGCUAUAAAAAGUUGAAUUUUGUGAUACCUGAUGACACUGGGUCAGCUAUGGUACAUGGAUUCGCUGGUUACUUUGAUGCAACUCUUUACAAGGAUGUGCAUCUUGGAAUUGAACCUUCAACAGCAACACCGAACAUGUUCAGUUGGUUUGCAAUAUUUUUCCCAUUAAGGAAACCCAUUUGUGUGAAUCCUGGUUCUUCACUUGAAGUACAUUUCUGGCGGUGUUGUGGUUCUACAAAGGUUUGGUAUGAGUGGUGUGUUGCUUCUCCCUCGUCGUCCCCAAUUCACAACAGUAAUGGACGUUCUUACUGGGUUGGGCUCUAGUUUAGUGGCUUGUAUUUUUAUAUUUGAGGACAACUUUAUAAUGCUUCAAACCUGUUUAUCAUAGUCUUGAGACUUGAGGACAAGUUUAUAAUACUUCAAACCAGGUUGAAAAGUAAAUACCUCUUGGUUAUUUUUAGGUUGAAUUAAAGCUGAACAGAGUUUUUGGGAGCGAGGUUCUCGGUUAUCACUUCAUUACAAUUCAUUCUGAAAAAUUUUGUUGUACAACAAGACAUUAUUUGCUAUUAUUCUCUUUAAUGCAUCCAUCUAAUCUAAUUAAUUUUAGA